UCGCUACGUCGGAGAAGAGUACGGAUCUUUGUUCAAUAUGACUGGCCGUGGUAAGGGAGGAAAAGGAUUGGGAAAAGGAGGUGCUAAGCGCCACAGGAAGGUUUUGCGUGAUAACAUCCAAGGUAUCACCAAGCCGGCUAUUCGUCGUCUGGCGCGACGUGGUGGUGUAAAGCGUAUCUCUGGUCUGAUUUACGAAGAAACUCGAGGUGUACUCAAGGUAUUUCUUGAGAACGUGAUUCGUGAUGCUGUCACGUACACCGAACAUGCCAAGAGGAAGACUGUCACUGCCAUGGACGUUGUCUACGCUCUGAAACGUCAAGGAAGAACCUUGUACGGUUUCGGUGGUUAAAAAACUUAGACCAAGAUCACAUCUUUCCGAACAAACAAACCAACGGCCCUUUUCAGGGCCAACAUAUUUAUUAUAAACGUUGGUAUUCACUUGAUAAGCAAUUUGAAAUAAUACAACCAAUACCUUUAUUAGAGUAUCAAAGACUACUAAUAAACUCGUAAUUUGUUUAUGCGAUUGUACGAUAAAUUUAACGGGAUAUAAUAAAAUUUGGCUGUCACACGUAUGGCAUAAGAAAUUGUUGCGUCGCACAUACGUGAUAGCA